ACUACACCUCUUGAAAUUCCACCAACAUUAAAAAAUUAGCAUAUAUAUAUGUAACACGCACACAACAAUCUUCUCUUUCAUCGUGUUCUGUUCCGUGCCCUUGUCGCGAGAUAGCAAAAUCAAACCAAAUCAAAGAGCUUGCUUCCGAAGAAUCGAAUCACUUCACUCCCUCCCUCCCUCUCACUUUCCAUGUAAACCUAGAGAUCCAGAACCCAUUCCCUCAAACCACUUCACUAGUUCAAGCUUCCUCUGUCAACCGAUUAAGAGAUGGAGGGAAAAGCUGAUGAUGAGGUGGUGGUGGAUAUUGAGAGUGCUUCUAGCGGUUCUUUCAAUGAUGAUUCUGACGAUGAGGGAUCUUUGCCUUCUGAAAUUGAUGACAAAGUGAUUGAGGAACCUCUCACUGAGCAGGAGAUAGAAGACCUCGUUUCUGAAUUAUUAGAAGUGGAGAGUAAGGCUGCAGAGGCCCAAGAAGCUCUUGAAGAGGAGUCUCUUGCUAAAGUGGAGAGUGAAGUUAGACAAGAACUGAAGCAAACUCUUCAGGGGGAUGAUCUGGAAACUGCUGUUGCUGAUGAGAUGACUACUUUCAAAGAAGAUUGGGAAGCUGUUCUGGAUGAACUUGAAACCGAAGCUGCGCACUUACUGGAACAACUUGAUGGGGCUGGAAUUGAACUCCCAAGCCUAUAUAAGUUGAUUGAAAAAGAAGCUCCCAAUGUUAGCUGCACCGAAGCAUGGAAAAGGAGAAAUCAUUGGGUCGGGUCUGAGACAACUGCUGAAAUUUCAAAGUCUAUUGGUGAUGCUGAGCAAUAUCUAAAGGGAAACAGACCUGUUAGAAGGCGACAUGGUAAAUUACUAGAAGAGGGUGCUAGUGGUUUUCUCCAAAAAAAAAUUUGCGCUGAAGCCCAGGAGCCUGUAAAGAAAGAAGGCGAGGUGGAUUGGGAUCUUUUCAAUAAAAUAAUUUCUGAUGAGAGCGGUGGUGAUGCUUCAUUUGGCAGUAGGCAGUGGGCUUCUGUUUAUUUGGCUAGCACUCCACAGCAAGCUUCCCUGAUGGGACUCAAAUUCCCUGGAGUUGAUGAGGUGGAGGAAAUUGAUGAUGUUGAUGGCAAUUCUACUGAUCCAUUUGUUGCAGCUGCAAUUGCAAAUGAAAGAGAACUAGAUCUUUCUGAUGAGCAAAGGAGGCAAUUUAAGAAGGUCAAAGAAGAGGAUGAUGCAAUUGUUGAUAGAAAGCUUCAAAUCCGUUUGAAACAUAGGAGGCAUCAAAAGAAAAGUAAACAGCGUGAAAGGAGCACACAUACCGUGUCAAUGGAGAGCCAAAUACUGAAGCCUUGCUCUGUUGAUGAAUUUAGCCCUGUUAUGAAAGACGGAACUAGUGAUUAUGGAGAACUUGUGUCUGACAAUGACAAGGUCGCUUGUUUGAAUAUGGAGACCGAUACAAUUGGCGGUUUUGAUGCCAGUUUUCAUCUUGACAAAGAAGAGCCUAUGAGUACUUGCAAUUUGUCAGAUCCACCCAAAUCCUCAUUGGGUGAUGUUAUUGAACAGAGAGGAACUAAGCGUCUAAAUGAUGGUGAACUUGAUGCUGAUAAUAAAAAGCGUCACACUGGUAUUACUGACAGUGAUGAUGAAGCAGAUGCCACUGAAGAUAAGCUUGAUUGCAGUACACUAGAUGAUCAAUCGAAGAUAAAAGGUUUAUCUGGUGUAGUAGUUUCUAGUUCUGGUAGUGAUUCAGAAUCAGAUAAUUCAGAUGAGUCAGAUGAUUCAGAUGAUUCAGAUGCAAAGAUAAAUGUUACUAUCAGUUCUAAACGGAGGCACAAAAAGAAGAUUAGGAGGAUACUUGACGAUGCCGAAUUAGGAGAGGAGACGAAAAAGAAAAUAGCAAUUGAGAAGGAACGUCAGGAACGACUGAAGUCUUUGCGAGGACAGUUUUCUGUCUCAUCAAUUGAGAUGAACUCUGGUGGGUGUAAUGGGAAUUUAACUGAAGGUGCAAGCCUCGAAAUUCUCGGUGAUGCACAAGCAGGUUACAUAGUGAAUGUUGUGAGGGAAAUAGGUGAAGAAGCUGUCAGAAUUCCAGCUAGUAUCUCAGCUAAACUAAAGGCCCAUCAGGUUACUGGAAUACGAUUCAUGUGGGAAAAUAUAAUACAGUCAAUCAGAAAAGUGAAGUCUGGGGAUAAAGGUCUUGGGUGUAUUCUAGCUCAUACUAUGGGACUUGGUAAAACUUUUCAGGUGAUAGCUUUCUUAUACACUGCGAUGAGAAGUGUUGAUUUGGGGUUAAGAACUGCACUUAUAGUCACACCUGUCAAUGUGCUCCAUAAUUGGCGGCGGGAGUUCAUCAAAUGGGCACCAUCAGAAUUAACACCUCUCAGGAUCUUUAUGCUGGAAGAUGUACCAAGAGAUAGGAGGGCACAUUUACUUGCAAAGUGGAGAGCUAAAGGAGGUGUGUUUUUGAUAGGCUAUUCUGCUUUCCGAAAUUUGUCUUUUGGAAAGAAUGUGAAAGAUCGGCACAUGGCCAGAGAAACUUGCCGGGCUUUGCAGGACGGGCCUGAUAUUCUUGUCUGUGAUGAGGCCCAUAUGAUAAAAAAUACCAAGGCUGACGUAACUCAAGCUUUGAAGCAAGUAAAAUGCCAGAGAAGAAUUGCGCUUACUGGAUCACCUCUUCAAAACAAUCUCAUGGAAUAUUAUUGUAUGGUUGAUUUUGUACGAGAAGGAUUUCUUGGAAGCAGUCAUGAAUUUAGGAACCGCUUCCAAAACCCUAUAGAGAAUGGUCAGCACACUAACUCAACUCAGACUGAUGUAAAAAUUAUGAACCAAAGGUCUCAUAUCCUUUAUGAAGAGUUAAAAGGCUUUGUCCAAAGAAUGGACAUGAAUGUUGUGAAAAAGGAUCUACCGCCCAAAACUGUCUUUGUUAUAACAGUCAAGCUUUCUCCCCUACAAAGGAAAUUGUACAAGAGAUUCCUUGAUGUGCAUGGGUUCACUAAUGUCAGGGCGCAUCAUGAACAGUUAAGAAAAAGAAGUUUCUUUGCUGGUUACCAGGCACUGGCUCGGAUAUGGAACCACCCUGGGAUCUUGCAAUUGACAAAAGAAGAGAAGGAGCGUGUAAGACAUGAAGAUGCUGUUGAGAAUUUUCUUGUUGAUGAUAGCUCUAGUGAUGAAAAUUCUGAUUCUAAUGUGCUUGCUGGAGAGAAGAUGAAGGAGACAAAUCAAUUCAUGCCAAGGAAGGAUGGUGAUGGCUUUUUCGUAAAGGGAUGGUGGAAUGAUCUUCUUCAUGGAAAAAUUUAUAAAGAGCUUGAUCAAAGUGGCAAAAUGGUUUUGCUGAUAGAUAUACUAACCAUGAGUUCUGAUGUGGGCGAUAAGGUAUUGGUUUUUAGUCAGAGCAUACCAACCCUAGACCUCAUAGAACUUUAUCUCUCAAGGAUACCACGACGUGGCAAACAAGGGAAGCUUUGGAAGAAGGGAAAAGAUUGGUAUAGGCUGGAUGGAAGGACAGAGAGCUCAGAAAGGCAGAAGCUUGUUGAAAAAUUUAAUGAACCCUUAAAUAGGAGGGUUAAAUGCACGCUGAUUUCAACAAGAGCAGGUUCUUUGGGUAUUAAUCUCCAUGCAGCUAACCGUGUCGUUAUAGUUGAUGGUUCUUGGAAUCCAACAUAUGAUCUGCAGGCUAUCUAUCGAGCUUGGAGGUAUGGGCAGAAAAAGCCAGUGUUUGCUUAUCGACUUCUGGCUCAUGGAACUAUGGAAGAGAAAAUAUAUAAACGCCAGGUAACAAAGGAGGGGCUUGCUGCUAGAGUGGUCGAUAGACAACAGGUUCAUAGGACCAUAUCUAAAGAAGAAAUGUUGCAUCUCUUCGAGUUUGGUGAUGAUGAGAACCCUGAGACUUUGGCUGAACUUGAUCAAGAAAAUGGGCAUACUUGUGAUCAAAUUAACCCAAUUUUGGCUGGGCAUUCACUGAAACAAACAGUGCCACAUUCAAAUGGAAGCAGUUCUUCUGAUAAGUUAAUGGAAAGCUUACUUAGCCAGCAUCAUCCACGGUGGAUUGCCAAUUAUCAUGAACAUGAAACCUUGUUACAAGAAAAUGAAGAGGAAAAGCUGUCAAAAGAGGAGCAAGAUAUGGCUUGGGAGGUGUAUCGUAAAUCAAUGGAGUGGGAAGAAGUGCAAAGAGUACCGCUCGAUGAGUCUAUGCCUGAUCAAAAGCCAGAAGUGGCGGUGGCAAAGCCGCAUGUAUCAGAGACCCGCAUCCUCUCACCAAGACUAGCCAGACGUUUCUCAACGCGGAAAUGCACCAACCUUGCGCAUUUGUUGACACUUCGAAGUCAAGGAGUAAAAUUUGGUAAAAGUACAGUUUGUGGGGAAUGUGCACAUGAGAUAAGGUGGGAAGAUUUGAAGAAGAGUUAGGAAUGUGGCAACCUAAAGGAUAUUUAAGCUGUCCAUAUAUAAACUAAUUUGUUUUUUGUAAAUGGAUUAUGCCCAUAUCCAAAAUCAUUUGUGGAUGAAACAGAAAUGUUCCUCCCAAAAAAAAUGAAAUAGGAAUGUUUCUUUUUGUGCGCUAGGAUGCUAAUAGCUUUUCUUUAGGCAUGAGGAAAUCUUUAUUAGGUGUUUAUUUAUAGGCAUGGGUAAAUUUCCGACUUCAUGGAUAUCUGCUGUUUGUGUUGGGACCCCAACUUCACAGAAUGACUUUUAAAAUCUUGGAAUUUAUAUAAAGGCUGUUUAGAUA